AUGCGCAGCGGGAUCUCCCAGGGCUGGUCCUGCAGCGGCUGGCAGAGGUUUGUAAACCAGGUUCUCCUGGGCCAUCUGGGGGCCACCAGGAGAACCGUCGCUUCCUCUCUUCUGACCUUCUUGAGGAAGGCAGGGAGCAGCAGUAUAGGCGAAAGUGUUAAUGUCAGGCUGGUGGGUGGGAACAGCUGCUGCUCUGGGAGAGUUGAGGUUCUUCAUGAUGGCCAGUGGGGGACAGUGUGUGAUGAUUCCUGGGACAUGAACGAUGCCCAGGUUGUGUGCAGAGAGCUGGGCUGUGGCUCCGCUGUGUUGGCUCCAGGAAAUGCUCACUUUGGCCAAGGGGAUGGAACAAUCUGGCUGGAUGAUGUGGCAUGCAGUGGAUCAGAGACCUCACUGCACAGCUGUGGAUCACAAGGAUGGGGUAAACAUAACUGUAACCACGGUGAAGAUGCUGGAGUGGUUUGCUCAGCAUUGCAGAGUGUUUGUGUCAGGCUGGUGGGCGGGAGCAGCUCCUGCUCUGGGAGAGUUGAAGUUCUUCAUGAUGGCCAGUGGGGGACAGUGUGUGAUGAUUCCUGGGACAUGAACGAUGCCCAGGUUGUGUGCAGAGAGCUGGGCUGUGGCUCCGCUGUGUUGGCUCCAGGAGGUGCUCACUUUGGCCAAGGGGAUGGAACAAUCUGGCUGGAUGAUGUGGCAUGCAGUGGAUCAGAGACCUCACUGCACAGCUGUGGAUCACAAGGAUGGGGUAAACAUAACUGUAACCACGGUGAAGAUGCUGGAGUGGUUUGCUCAGGUAGGAAAGAUUUAUUUGUUUCUAUUAAAAAAAACAUCUCAAUAUCAGGAUCUGUUCUGCAACUUUAAGAACUCAUUUGUUGGAUUCCUUUUUUUGUGUUAUAAACAUUCUCUCAGGUUAAAUAAGAAAAUAGCAUUGUCAUUGAUGAAAAAGGUC